CGAAGCUGUACGUUGAACGUCGGCGACGAUGAAUGCGACAAGAAUUGUGUCAACUUUCCAUCCACCGUCCGCCGUUGUUUCUUCCUGCAAGUGUCGUCUUUCAUCCACUGCUGAGCAUCUUGUUGUCGCCAAGCUCAAUGCUAUCGAAGUCCAUACCAUUGAGAGCACUGGAUUGAAGCUUGCGUGUACGCUUCAGAUCUGGGGUAAGGUCUUGUCGGUGAAGGAGGUACCUAUAACUGAUUCGGCUCGGUCAAAUGUUGUGGUCUUGCUUGAUCAGCCGGAACCAGAAUUAUUGUUCUUAUCGUUUUCUGAGAGGGAGCAAAAUCUGAAGCUGGAUAAGCAAUUGUCACUAUCUGAGCGGAGUCCGAGCCUUAGACCAGCCGAGUUCUUCACCGAUAUCCUUGUCGACCCAUCGGGUCAGUUGGGAGUUGUCAGCUGCUAUCAAGGAAAACUCAAGGUCUUAAUGCUUGAGAAUGGAGUCUAUGUCAAGGACGUCGAUAUUUCAAUACCCGAGAACAGUAUUCUCAGCAUGGCACUUCUCUCCUUGCCCGACGAGACAUUCGCUCUGGCGAUACUUCAUGUAGACAAUCGCCGUCGACUUCAGCUUCUGGCACGGGACCUAACCGGUACGGAUUGGGACGGCAUUCCUGAUCUAUCUCAAGACCCAUCUGUCGUGUUGCACCAGACUAUCAUCUCCUCAGAGGCGUUUCCUUAUCCCGAGGACGACAUUCCACAACUUAUUUACGUCCCAACUCCCGAAGGCGCCGAUGACAACGAUGGUAUUCUCGUUGUUGGUGGAAGAAAGAUUAUCUUUUACGCGUUGAAUAACAUACAAGCGCAGAGGAAGGUUGAACAAAAGAGGCGAAAGUCAGCCGCUAUGAGGCAGAGUGGGAACGAAAACCAAAUAAAGGAAGCCAUAGCAAAGGAUAAGGAAAGGCAGGAUAGGAUUAGGCAAGCGAAGGGAACGGUUUUAUGGCCAUUUGGUGCUGUUACUGCUGUCUCUUCAGUCGGAGACGAUGCACUCAAAUUCCUAAUCGGUGACUCCUUCGGACGUCUAUGCUUACUAUCUCUGGCAACGUUCGAUGAGCAUGGUCUUGUUCUCAUCCCCCUCGGAGAGACCUCAUCUCCAAGAACACUUACGUACAUCGCCAAUCAGGUUGUCUACUUGGGUUCUUUCAAAGGCGACUCCCAGCUUCUUAGAAUCCAUAAUUCGCCAGUGUCGUCGUCUUCCAUAAAUAUCUCCCGCGAUAUCCCGACGAUAUCUACAUCUGGGCUUGUGAUCAGGACCGAAGGGACCUACCUUGAAUUGCUUUCAUCAUUCAAAAACAUCGCACCCAUCUUGGAUGCGGUCCUGGUGGAUUUGUAUGACUGCGGCCAUCGCCAAGUGGUAACAUGUUCUGGCGGCGUGGAUUUCCAGGAACUCGCUUCUAUCGCUAUAUGGCCUGUUCGGGAUGAAUACAAAGACACCUUGCAUACUGGAAUAGUUGUUUCGACCUUGGAAGAGACUCAUUUCUUAAGGUUCAAUUCUUUUUCGACGCUUGUCCUGGAGAAUUCCGCCCUGAACGGUUUUCGUCGCCGACACUCCUACGCUUUGCAGGUCGGCACGUCGUCUUAUAACAAUUCGUCAAUGAUUGUGCAAGUUACACCGCGCGGCGUCUUCCUACUUGACAAAUUUAUACAAAUAGAUCAUUGGAAGCCGACAGGUGGUGCUGAUGUCGUUGCUGCCAGUGUGAAUGCCAGCCAGGUUCUCUGGCGCUUACAGGGGGCCAGCUACUUACGCUUCAAGGUCGAAAAUAAAAGAUUCGUACAGGUCGUACAAACCAAGCUGUAUUUUGCUCAGAUGCAAUUCCUCCGCAAUCGAAGUCAGCAUGGUCCUGAUACCUAUCCGCCCUGGCUCCCAACGGAGAUAUCAUGUGUUUCUUGCAUUCCUAUGAACGAGUCCAAGUACUUUUCUAUCCAAGUAGCUGCCGCGUUCUGGCACACAAAUCAGAUCAAGAUAUAUAACAUCGCACCGUCAGGAUUUACUUUCCAAUACGAAACUCCCCAACUCCCCGCAACUGUCCGAUCUAUCCUCUUUUAUAACUUUGGUACUACAGAGAAGAACGGAGAUAACUAUAAGCCUUAUCUCUUGGCUGGCCUGGCUAAUGGGACUGUGGUGUCAUUUGUAUGGUCAGGGAACCAAUUUACGGAGAUGAAGCUCGUGGCGUUAGGGAGCGGCCCAGUAGAGCUCUCCCCCAAUAAAAUCGGAGAUGGGACGCGCGCGGUGCUGGCGGUUGCUGACAAAACGAUGGAUGUUUCUGCGGCCGCUUUACUGAAUUCUGAUGACUAUCCAUCGACACUCAUUUUGGCCAAUGCAAAUGGUUUGGCUAUCGGCAGAGUGAAAGACCUUGAUAAGCUACAUAUACAAUCAAUACCUCUCGGACUUGACAACCCCAUAAAAAUUACCCAUGUACCGGCCUUAGGUGUUUUUGGUGUUGUUUGCACUCGUACAGAACCUUUUCGAAUUGGCGAUGCGGAAUCAACUCGUAGUCUCUUCAAAUUACUAGAUGAGACAACUUUUAAAGUUUUAAGUGAAUUCUCCGCCAAAGACAAUGAGACAGUAAAUAUGGACGUAAAGGGCGAAUCAAGGAUAUUUUUCUGUCUCGGAGCAUACGUGUAUGAACCUGGAGAAAGCGAGCCGACUCGGGGGAAGUUGAUCGUCCUCGAAGCACAUAAAUCUGGUCCAGACGCGACGCUUUCUCCGGUUACAUCGGCUGAGAUAAACGGGUGCCCGUAUUCGCUAGCGACGACUACAGGCGGCCUCAUAGCUGCCGCGGUAUUACUGUAUCGCUUAACAAUCGUAGAGAACGAACCGGAACCUUCUGCUUUCUCUCCUUAUCGAAAUUGUCUGUCUGGAACCACAACUACAAUUGUCGCUAACGUGGUGGCGCGGGGGGAUGAUUGCCUCGUAGCGUGCGACUGCAUACAGUCCGACCCGGGGUCGCGUUUGGAUAUUAUCGCGAGGGAUUAUGAACCACUAUGGCCGUUAGCUGUGGAGACGUACAUGCUCGACCGGUGCUCAAUCGCGACGGCCUUCUAUCAUAUUGGUGACCUUGUAUCCAAGCUCCAUUACCCCCAAAGACGACAGUACCCUGGCUCUGAACCAACACACUUAUUCUGUACCAGCUCCGGACGUAUUGGGGUUAUUGUCGACGUGACUGACGAACGGCUUGCCGCACACCUGAGGACCUCCGGGGGCGUCAGCCACGCACGUUAUCGGGCUCCGAAGAACACUAGGCCCAGACCCACUUUUUUGGAGCUGCUACUCACAUCAGAUCCAGAGUGUGACACGCGGAAGGUACUUGAAGCGUUGCAGAACAUGCAUUAGAUUUAUGGAAAGAAACAUGUAUGAUUAAGAGGUCAAUUGUAUUUGUGGGAAGUUGUGGAUGCUCGGUCUA